AGGUUAGUAGUCGUGGCUGGGUGAGAAAUAUGUAACAGAUCCUCCAACCCAAGUCAUCAUAAUUAACUUCCUAAUUUUGGUGCGUGACAGGUCUAGAUGGGCCAAAAAAAAAACAACGUAGGCCUAAAGUUUCCACCUUCAAUUCUAUUCAGCCCGGCCGUGUCUGAUGACCUAAAGCAUCCAUGUACCUGGUUGGUGCUAAUUUCCUGUGGGUAGGUUGCAGAGAUCUCAUAUAAUCAAGAACCCAUUCAAUGCUGCUAUAUAGUCAUCAUCCAAAACCCUAAGAUUGAAACUUACUUAGAUCUACCACUCUAAAUGUUCUUCAAACGAGAUAGCAUCCCGUAACCUACCCAGCUACCGUCACGAGAUCCAAGACGUUACAUCUACUUUAAUUGAAUUGGUUGUCACAGGACCUUCAUAUGAUCUCAUAACCUUUUUGUUUUCUUUUUUGGCUUUUCUUUCAUAGCAAAAGUUCUCCUCCAUAGUUAUUUUGCAUCUGCAUGACCCUUAUAUAAUCCUGUCAAGUUCCCUACUUCCCAUCCCACACAUAGUAGAAAGAUGGGACCCUUACCCCAAGGACCAACCCUCCAAGACCUCAAAGUCACCAUCCUAAGCUCCACCACUCUCUAUCCAGCAGAAAAAACUGAGGGGAGGUCCAUGUUCCUCUCAAACAUAGACCAAAUACUCAAUUUCGAUGUCGAGACCAUUCACUUCUUCGCUGCAAACCUCGAGUUCCCUGCAGCGGUGGUGGUCGAGAGGCUUUCAUCGGCGCUGGAGAAAGUACUUGUGCCAUAUGAUUUCUUGGCAGGGAGGCUGAAGCUGGAGCCUGGAGAUGGUCGGCUAGUCAUAGACUGCAAUGCUGCUGGCGUGAAGCUUGUGGUGGCCUCCAGUGAGCUCAAGUUGGAGGAGGUUGGAGACUUGCAGUGCCCAAACCCAGCAUUCCGGCAGCUGGUAGCAGCGAAUCCAGAUAAUGGGUUGGCUCUGGAGGACCGGCCUCUUUGUUCUUUCCAGGUAACCUCGUUCAAAUGCGGUGGCUUCGCACUGGGCAUCUGCAACAACCACAUCACCUUCGACGGCCUCAGCUUCCAGGCCUUCCUCCAAAACCUGGCCGCCGUCGCAUCCAACCGGCCUUUAGCCACCACUCCCUGCAAUGACCGCCACCUCCUCGCCGCUCGCUCUCCGCCGCGAGUCACAUUUCCCCAUCCUGAACUCAUCACCCACCCAUCCAUCCCCCACCCCAACCAACACCCCCCCUCCACCCUCCUCGACUCCCUCUCCAGCUACCUCCAAUUCCACCUCUUCCACCUCGGCCCCGAUGACAUCUCUACUCUCAAGAACAAAGCGAAAACCUCCUCUCCCCCUGCUGCAUCCAGCUUCAAUGUCGUUGCCGCCCACCUUUGGCGGUGCAAGGCCCUCGCAUCAAGCAAGUGCAAUUCAAAUAAGUCGUCGACAAUCCUCUAUGCGGUCGACCUUAGGUCGAGACUGAAGCCGCCGCUUCCGAACUCGUACGCUGGCAAUGCGGUGUUGAGCGCUUAUGCGACCGCGCCAUGCGGUGAUCUCGAGAAGGGGCCAUUCGCUCGGAUCGUCGAGUUGGUCUACAAGGGGGCGGAGAGGAUGACCGACGAGUAUGCUCGGUCGGUCAUUGACUGGGGCCAGCUAAAUCAGGGUUUCCCCUGGGGGGAUGUCGUCGUGUCAUCGUGGCUGAGGCUCGGGUUCAGUGAGGUGGAGUACCCUUGGGGGAGGCCUAAGCAUAGUUGCCCUGUGGGUAAUCCCCAGUGGGACAUCAUCCUGUUGUUUCCUACUAUUGGAAAGGAGGGCAAGGGGAUGAAUGCACUGGUUGCGCUUCCUAUUGAAGAUGUGGAGAAGUUCCGAAGCCUCUUCUAUAAGUUCUUGGCCGGAGAUGUGGUUAGAAGCUAAAUAAUCUUUCUAAAUGCUAUAGGUUGCAUGUAUGAAUGAGGUUCUAAAUCUUGAAGGAUCAGUUGUUUUCAUGUUUUAAUAGCUUUGGCUGUUAGAUUAUAAGCAAGAGUGCAGCUGGUGUGUUUUUAUUUUCUUUUUUUGUUUUGUUUUUGUGGGUGUCAGCUGGUCAUGAGUCCUUGGUUUGAUGCUUGUUUCCGUGUGGACUUGUCCAAUAUGUAUCUCUAUAGUUUUUGUUAUAUUAAUGGAUUAGUGGACUAAAGCAUCUCUUA